ACCGUUGACAAUUUCACGCUAGAACUGACCGGAAAACCUCGCUCGCCGUGGAACAAGAAGGCUGGCGAAGUAUUCGCUCGGAAUUUCGCGCAGAACGAUGUCAGCUGCAAAGACAUGCGGACCAUUCGUGAGGUAUUCGCUACUCAUGUACUGACGCUUCGCAAACAGUACUUGAAAUUGUCGUGCGACCCUGAUGAGGAGCCGAGUCAGCGAGAUCUUGAUAUUGCUUCGGCUAACAGCAGCGAGCAGCUCACAUAUCCAAAGAGAAGGGAGCGGCGUUACGAGGCAAGCGAGGGUCGCACUAGUCUCCGCCAUCUCACAACCAUCUGGAAAAGAAUACCUUACACUGCCUGCAGCGGUGAUGAGUCGGAGCACCCCGAGUCGGGCCUAACUCGAUACGUGGUCACAAAAUUGCCGUGGCGAUCGAAGGAGUUGGAGGAGUUCUUCAAACACCUCGAUUCCGUGCACAUGUCGACCAGGUGGAUGGCGCGGGGCAAGUGGGACCACGGUAAAUUACCUAAUCCCCGCGAACGAGGAUCAGACCGUGUGGAUCGGACAAGUGCGCCUCCUCCUGGUCUCCCCGUCAACUGCUAUGAUGCAGAAUGGCUGGAAGACUUGAAGGAGGCCGACGUCGACGCAUAUCAGGAUCUUGAUGUACAACCACCGGUCGAUCUAACACUU